AUGAAAUUAUUUAUUAUCACAAUUCUAGUUUUAGUAGUUAAUGGUGACAUAAAAUAAUUGGAUAUAAAAGAAAAUCUAGUUUGCAAAUAAUUAAUAUUAAAAGGGGAACUAAAAUGUUAAGAGGUUCAUGCAGAUAGAAUAGUAACAGAAGAAAUUGAUAUACCAACUGAGUUUAGUUCAGAUGUUUUAGAAUUAAAUAGUUUGAGUCCAUUUAGAAGUGAUACUAGAGCAUCUGCUUUUAUAGAAGAAACUAGAGAGGAUACAAUAUUUAUAAGUGCUAAUUUUUAAGAAAUCUAUAGGGAUGAUGAUGAUGAAAGUACUGAUCAUAAAACAAUUCAAACUGAUUUUAUUUAAAUUCAUGGUCAAUCAUAAUGGAUACCAAUAAUUGUAGAUGAAUAAAAUAUUGGUUGGAAGAAAGAAAGUAAAAAUUUAUAAAACGAUCAUGAAAAAUUGAGAUAGAUAUUAAAAUAAAAUAGUUAUUUUAGUUAUAAACAUGAACAUUUCAAAAGAAGUUAAUUAGAUAAAUAUAUAUAUGAGAGAAAUGAUAAUAAUAGGAUAUAUGGUAAAUGGAAUGAUGAAUUAAUAUUUCAAUAUAAUGAUUUACCAUAAAAUCAUACUUAUAUAUAAGUGACAGCUAAUUUUGUUAUGUUAACUGAUUUUUGGAGAUUUGGAACUGUAAUAAUAAAUAUUUAUUUAGAGAAUGAUAAUGAGAGUAGAUGGUUAAACAGUUUGGAUGUAAUCUCAUCAUUAGAAUUUGAAGAUUUGUUUAUAUUUAGAACAUUUAUUGAGUAGUAUUUAGAGUAAUCGUAAUUUACAAACAGAAUUUAAUGAAAUGCUUUAAUAAGAAUGGACUAUACCAAUUAAUUUAAGUGUUAAACAUAUUAGACAUAAAUUACAUAUUGAAUUUGGUUUAGUUUUGGGAGUAAAAAUAAAAUUGUUACAUAGCAUUUACCUAAUUAGUGUACAUCCGGUUAAUAAUUAUUAUUUUAAGAAUUAGAAUCCAGAUUUCCAUUGUUUAGUAUUGAUGAUUUUACACUACAUUAUAAAUGAAUUAAAUAGUCGUUUUUAAUUAAUAUAUAUUGUAUAAAUGAAAUUAAUAGUCCUCUUUGCUUUGGUACUUAUGACAAUUGCAGUCAAUGAUAAUCAAACAAAGUAAUUAUUAAAUUAAUUCCAAGACAAAAAUCAAUUGAGGAAUAACAUCCAUCACUUUUUAGAGCAUUAAAAAACAUGGCAUUAUUAUAAGAGUAAUCAUAAUAAUUAGAUUAUUCUCGUUUAAUCAAUGCUAUUAAUGAUCUUGAAUCUGAAAUUACAUAAAAUAAAGAAGAUGAAAAUGCCUCAUUCAAUAAAGACUUUUUAUCCAACAAUGCAGAUUAAGAAUUUUAUGAAAAUCAAAUCACUUAAUAUUAAGUAGAAGUAGCAUAACAUGAAGUUGAUUUGGCUGAUCUUACAGAAGCUAGAAACACAUUAUAAUCAUUAUUAAAUGAUGCAAUCAAAGAACAAUAAGAUCUUACACUCUUAAGAAAUCAAUUAGAUUAAUAAAUUAAAACAGAUGCUGCUAAUACUGCUGCCUAAUUAUAAGAAUAUGAUGAUUCUGCUGCUGCAAUUGAUGAAGCCCUUAACAUGUUAACAUCUUUGAAAAAUGCUGAUAGUUUAGUGUAAGUUAAUGAUAAAUUAAAGACUCAUUUAAGUAAAUAAAAGGUUUUCUUCUAACCUUUAAUUGUUGCUCUUGCUGAAAUUGCAUAAUCUAAGUAAAAAUUAAUUAUAAUUAAUUUCUAGUUUUGCAAAUUAAGAAUUGAUAAGCAAAGUCACUAAACUUCUUAAUUAAUUAAGAACAUCACUUCUAGAAAGCAGAUUAUAAUUGGUUGUAUCAUCUUAAGGAUUAGAAGCAAUGAAUAAAGAAUUAUUAUCUACCUAUGAUUAAAAAUUAAAUGUAUUAUCCACAGUUAUCUUACCAGAUUUUAGAGAGAAUAUUGAAAUUAAGGAUGGUAUGUGAGAUAAUAUAAUAAUAUAGCUGAAAUUAAGGCAAAAUCAAAUUUACUCAAUGAUGCUAAAUCCAAUUUAUAAGAUGCUCAAGAUAAUUUGAAAGCCACUUAAGAUGCAUGGAUUGUUAGAGCUAAUUUGAAUUCUAAAUUAGUAUAAUAAUAUGAAAAUGAUCUAUCACUUAUUCAAUAAGUCAAAUAAAGUUUUGAUAGAGCAGGUAUCAAAUAAUGA